CGUCUUCGUGUCGCUGGGCGAGGGUGGGACCAAGUUUCCUUCCGUCGGCCACAGUGGGAUUUUAACCUCCAUGAUGCGCCGAAGAGUUCAAUCUUGGACUCUCAGGAGCGUGAAGGAAUAUUUCACGGAGUAUAAGAUGGCCGCCCUCGGCUUCGUGAGGUACUUCGUCUACGGGGAUGCAGAGGAUGAUGUCGAAAUUUGGCCGAAGAUGACUACCACCUUGGAGGAGGCCGAUGGCCCGGAUUUGGGCGUUCCCGCCGAAGCCGAUGGUCCGUCAUGAGCAGGGCUAAGGUGAAGGUGGCCGCUGAACAGGCCGCGAAAGAUGCUGCGAAGCUGGCCACAGAGACCGGAGCACAGCCGAGCGCUGCUCAACCGUCGAAGCCGUCCACCCGGCCUAAGAAGAAAUGGCAGGCCGACGAUGGCCAGAAGAAGCUGACUGAGGCCGGUAUGCAGUCUGCCAAGAAGUCAAAUAGGGCUUCUCCCUUGGCCGACGCUGACGCCGGGGCCAUGACCGUUCCGGCCGGAGACUCCACCGCUGCUGCCCUAGUGGACUUGACUAGGGGUGGACAAAAAUACCGAAAAAUCGGUAUACC